AAGAAUACCAGCAAAUAAAUCACAUUUUAAUAGUUUGAGGUUAUGUCUCGACCGCCAAAUCAACGUGUGGCGGGGUGUUGUUUAUUGACUGAUUUUUAUAUUCACAUUUACUUUUUUAAUUAAAUAUCAUGCAACAAUACUUCGAAACGUUAUCUAUAAUUGUGUUAUCUUUAGCAGCAUUUAUAUUAGCUUGUAUGAUCAUUUUAAAUUUGUAUUUAAUAAAGCGUAAUGGAUUUUAUGUAAGAGUAAAUUGUUGGUUUUGUAAUAGUUGUACUAAAGUGCUUUAUCAAAACAGAAAUAGUUUUGAUUGUCCUAUUUGCGACCAAUACAAUGGAUUUAAGGAGGAUGGAAGUUACAAUAAAGUUAUAGAAGCACAGCACAAUACAUCAUUCACCAAAUAUACCCAAAAGACUGAAUUUUCCGAUAACGGAUUAUGUACUUAUUGUAAUAACAAUCAACAGCUAAAAAUUUAUCAAUUGGCGAAAUUUACCCCAAUAAAUGAAUUAAACUAUGAUAUUGAAGUUGAACAUUUUAGGAAACAGUUGGAAAAUGCCUACAAGCUAUGUAAAAAAUGUGAACAAGUUUUGAAAUCGAAGAUAAAAAUACAACACUCCUGGAUAUUUGGUAACAGGUUAAAAGAUCUACGUAAAAAAGGCUAUAACACUUUAAAACAUACAAAACUGCCAAAAAAAAUUAUAAAAAAUUCCAAUUUUUUCAAAUAUAUACGGUAUAUAUUAAUAAUUUCCACCAUUGUGAUUCUAUGUAAUUUAUUAAAUAUUAAAAUUGUGUAUCCUAAUCCUGGUAUUAAGGAACAUUUGCCAGAAGUGUUCAAUUUGUACAAAACAGUUUUUUCGGAUUAUCAGCAAAAAAUAUCAGAAGUGUUCAAAGAAUUUCCCAACAAAUUACUUCAUAUAAAUAAAUUUUUGGAAAUUAAUAUCAAAUUUAAAAAUUCAGAUAUUGCUCCUAUAACAUAUAUUGGUUUUUGUCUGGAUUUUAUGUUGAAUAUUGGAGAACAAAAGACAUUUAUAUGGAAAAUAAAUGGAUUAUUUGGGUGGAUCCUACUAAUAAUUACUUCUUCAUUGUCAUUUAGUAACAUUUUUACUCCACAUAUUUUUGGAAUCCAGAUUUUUACAUCUUUAUCAUUAUUAUAUAUGUAUAUUUGGUCUUCAUCUUCGUCACAACUCAAUUCAACCCUGAAAGAAUAUUCAUUCAAGAAACUAUCAAAUUCAAAAACUGUAGAAUCGUCAGAAGAAGAAACAGAUGAAGAUGAUCCUCGACAUUUGAUAGAUACUUCAAAAACUUUCCUCAAAGCUCGUCGCACAUAUUCUCCCUUAGGUCAUAGUAUGAAUAAUGUAUUCACCACUGCCAAAAGUGUAACAUCUACCUCAGAAUAUGACUUAACAGAUAGUUCUAGUGAUUUAAAUCGUAGUUUAGAUAAUUUACAUUUAGGUUUAAACUCACAGCGUUGUACUUCCCCGAUAUUUUCGGUAAGUAGUUCGAAACGGCCAAUUUUAUCGCCUUCUAAAUUAAAAAAUAUCACUCAAAAUCCUUGGACGGCUGGAGGAUUCUGGAAAAACGAUGUAAAUAUAUUUUCAGCAGCUACAAAUGGUACCAAUUUUAGUAGAUCCUCGAGUCAAACAUCCGGUUUUGUUUCAAACCAUAAUAACAAUAUUAAUAAGGCUUUUAAUUCAUUACCUGCAUCUAGAGAACCUUCUCUUGGUGGAGACGUUGAACGUGUUUCCUUAUUAUCUGAACCAGCAUACCAUUUUGCUCCAAUAUCACCCAAUUUGAAUCCGUUCAAUACACCAAAUUCACCACAGUUAUAUUAUAAAGCCGACAAUAAUACUUUUUAUCCUGUUUUGGGGCAAAAUAGCAUGCUGUUUAUACAAAAUGGUAUAUCGCAGCAACACUUUAAGAAUAAUUCUACAAAUAGUUUUGGUAGAACUGUUCAUAGCGAGCCAUUCAAUAUUUUCAGUGACCAAAGAAGUGAUUGCUCGAUCAAAAAUUUUGGCACAAAAAAUUUGAUAUAUGAUAACAGUGAAGUGAAAAGUGUCAAUACACCUAGUAUAUAUAGUGAAAAACCAGUUAGUCCUCUAUUUAAGAAUCUCCAAAUGAGUGAUACUUUUAAAAAACCUCGAUUGUAACAUAAUGAAACUUCACCAAAAUGUUCUGUUAAAGCUUUUGAACAUCAUUUCAGGCUUAACGGGUACUACUUUUUGUAUAGUCAUAGGAUUAAGAGUUGAAAGAUUUUUUCUUCUUUUUAAGAUUUGUUUAGAAACACCAGUGUCUGAGUUGUAAAAGAUUUCACCCUUUACCAAAAUAUUAUUCGCUGAAUUUUUGGAAUAGAAACCCUUUUGCCUCGGAGAACUUAAAAUGUCAAGACACCACGUUUUUAAAGUUAAAACUUUGAUCUGCGAUUACUUCUUGUAUGUAAAGGAUCUUUAAGUCUUUGUGAAUAGUCUGGUUUGAAACGUACGAAAGGUCGUUUGUUAACAUACGUAAAAUUUUGGAUGCUUGGAUUUUUUUUUCUAUAGCAGUUACUUUCUCAAGAUAUUCUUUGGAAUGUUAUUUAAGUCUCUUUCCAAUUCAUUGUUAGCUUUCCUCUUUAUAAAGUCCUGUUCAAGACCCAAUUUGUAAUGUUUUUAAUCAUUUCUGUUGGUUUCUCUCUUUUCACAUUUCCAAUAUUGAGUUAAUUAGAAAUGGAAUAACUUGAAGUCCCUUUAUCUAUUAUAAUGCUCACAUUUCUUUAUUUUUGGCAUCAUUAUUUGAUUCAUAUUUUAAUUGUAUAUACACCAAUAUUUUUUAUUCGAUCUGCAUAUCUAUCAAUGGAUUACUUCCUGUAUGUAAUUAAUUAUAUGUCAACACAUUCAAGUUUAUAAACUGUUACGUGCCAUAUUUGACAACAAUACACUAGACAAGACUUACACUAUUGAUGUUGCUUUUGAAGCAUUAAUAUCGUGUGAAAAAAAUUUCGAUCAAACUCUGAUAUCUCAUACGCUAUGGUACAAUAUUCAUCAAUAAUAAAAUUUAGUGAAAUAAACACAAAUUUUAGUCAAUUUUAGGUUGCAACAUGGGAAAUAUAGAGGCUCCGGAAUAAACUAGAAAUAGCCUAUUUUCUAGGCUGUCAAAGUGAACAAUUAUGAUCGUCUUCUUCAUUAUUCAAUAAUAGGUUUAUCACCUCUUCCUUCUUUGAUAUAUUUCCCCAUUCUGGUUCUUUCUAGGUUGUCUUUUCACCUCUAUCGUGAUCGGUCUGUACUUCAUAUUCCAAUUGGAAAUUUAUCCCUUGCCAUUUUUACCAGUCCAUUGUCUGUCAUUCUACUAAUAUGUUGGUUUCAUUGUUUCUUCUCCACAAUUUGUGUCAUAUUAUUCUUUGUUUUAUUAUUUGAUCUUCUAGUUGGCUCUUUUGGUGUAGUCAUGCAUAUGGCUUCUUUAUUCGAAAUACUCAUAUUACCUGCAUCCUGCAUCUACACAGUAUCUUCUUGAUCUGAAUAUUUGCUGCUCAUCUUCAACUGAUGUGAUCGAGUUAAUUUUAUUGGUGAUAAAUUUUGUUUCAUCGUUGUGUCCAGUAGAUUUAUCCCCAUUGUUUAUCUCGUUUUUUAAACAAACUUAUGGCCGAUUGCAUAAUUCCACCCUAACUGGCACUUUAACUAAAGGUUGCUAAAUUUUGAUUGAUAAUUGUAUUUACUAUUAUACGAGGGCUGUUUUUUUUUCAACCUCUGAUCGUUCGGAGACGUGUGUAUGGGGAAAACUUGAGUGAUGGUGUUGUACGUGAAUAGUGUCAAAAGUUUAAAGAUGUGCAUGAUGGAGGGGACCAAGGACGCAAAUCUGUCGUUUCAGAUGAUCUGGUUCAACGAGUUUACAGAAUGGUUAAAGAAAACUGAAGAUUCACCAUUAAGUUUCAAGGUCUGUUUUGUACUCUACUUGAAUUAAUUUUCGGCAAAUUUAUUUGAAGAGGGUAUUGAAAAGAUUGUCCACAGAUAUAACAAAUGUCACAAUAUUUUCGGUGAUUAUUUUGAAAAGUAACCGUAAGUGUACCAAUCUCGUAUUAUGAAACCAGCCGUUAUAAUUAUACUAGUUUAUCAUCUGACUUAUUUCAUAACGUUGCAGUAUUUUGAGGUAUGAUUUGUAAGUUCUUGAGUGAGAUGUUGGCCACCGUACAUUAGUAGUUCAUUAUGAUAAUGAUAAAUUAAAAUCACCGCUUCUGUUCUCAAGUAGCAUAUGAUUGGUUGUUAUUAUGCUUGGUCUAUUCCGAAGCCUCUAUCCUCUCUAUGUGAAUGUACCAUUAGACUUGAGUUGAUUACUAUCAGCUCAAUUUUCUCAGUAUCUACUGCGUAACAUCGAAGCAAGUUUUAUUUAAUAAUUUAAUUGGUAAUAAGUUUUUAGGUGUGGCUUUUUUAUGUGUACCGCUAAACUGUAUAUUAUUUUGUAUAUUUAUUUGCUAAAUCAAUUAGCUCCAAAUAUAAAUGAAAAUUUUAUGAGAAAAAAAUUAAGUUUAACUGUGAUUUUAUUGUUAUUUAUUAUUGUUCAUUAUUCUGUUUAUAAUUGGAGCAAUUGAAAUUAUUUUAACAUUAAGAUUAAAAAUCGGGUAUUAGAUAGGAUUAUUCAGUUUUAAGUUAAUCCUGCGGGCCGGGCGUCUCGGAACAGAUCCUAAAUUGGUGGUGGAUCUCAGAGACCCAUCACAAUAUAUAUUAUGUUUUUCGAAAAAAUAAAAAAAAAACAAUAGAUUUUACUGAUCUAUUGCAGUUUAUGAAUAAUCAGAAUACCAAGCAUGGAUAUGACUGAGGCUCACAAAUUUUUUACAUUUUUAUAUUUCAUUUUUGAAUCUUUUUUACAAGAAAAACUUCUUUUGAUGUUCUCUCGUUGGAUAUCUUCAUCUAUAGAGGUUUUUCCUGUACCAGCAACUUCUUGUCUCCUUUUUCCACUUCCCAGUCUUUGAUAUUUGGCCCAUGAUGUUUUAUAAACAUAAGGCUCGAAACGUUUUUUAUCAAAAUUCUUGACCUCAAAUCAGUGAUUAUUUGAUUCAUGAGGCUGAACCCUCGUUCACAUUCUGAUAAACUACAUGGUGUCAAUUUCGUGCAGUUUAAUAAAGGUAUAAGGUCCUCUUGAGCUAUCCUCAGUAUAAUCUCUAAAGGAGUUUAUAAUUUUUGUUUUGUUGAGCUUGAACCUUUUACAGAGAUUUUCAAUUUUUUCCUCACCAACCGUACCGAUUUUUCAGCCGGCCUCUGAUCAGUUUCCAGGCUUUUAAGUCUGAUAAUAGUGAGUCAUAUUCUACCUUACUGGCUGAAGUACCAUCCGCUGACGCUGAUGUUGAUUCAUGACUGGAUUUGGUAGAAAACAUUCUUUUAUUAAGAUUAUUUAUUAUACUGGUUAUAAGUUGGCUAUGGUUGAUUACCUUAUUCUUUUGGUUGUUUAACAUUGUUAAAAUGACCCUCUUUCUCGGCAUCAUAAGCUUCAAGGUUUCAGGUUUUUCUUUUAUGAGUUCAAAAAAUUGUAUACUUCUGAUUAACUUGUCCGCAUAGACAACAGUAGUUUCUCGAUUUUCAAAAAUUCUGACAGUAUCGAAAGUUCUGCCAAAAUAUCGUACAUAACGGCAAGAUUUAGUAGGAACUGAGAUCUGCGUCUACUUUAGCCUUUUCAAAAUGGUUGUAUAUAGCAGAGUAUCCAUACCACACUGAAGAAACAGCUCGGAAAGAACUUGCUACCCAUCUAGUUCCCAGAAUCUUUCCUAUUUUCUGUAUUUCUUGUUCUAGCUUUGAGGCACAUUCAGCUAGUUCACGCCAUUUUUGGGCGAUUUACUAUAAAUGGAGUAAAUUUUCCAUAAAAAUCUGAAAAUGAUUUACUUUACUCCAACUUCAUUGAUUGCAUCACUAAAUGCUAGCUCAAGCUCAAGCAUGUGGUUCAUGCAAUGCCAGACAAUAAUGCCUGGAUACAUUUUACUCAGCCUCUCUGCAACGCCUGAUUUUUUUCCUAACAUUACGCUGGCACCAUCACUCGCAAAUGAAAUCAAGUUCUCCUUCAGGUAAUUGUUAUCAAACAACCCCAGUAAACUGUCUACGACGACUUCAGACGUUUGUUUACUCAGUUCUAUUAGGUCUAAAAAUAGAAAGUGCGGUGGAUGCUUUUUGCUGAAUUCGCACUUUAAAUAAACGAUUAGAGUGGACUUUGCACCAAGAGUAGUUGACUCGUCUAUAAGAAUUGAAAUCUUUCCAGAAAUUUGUAAAAUUUCGUUAGUAAUCUUCUUUUACAUUACAUUCGAAAUGUGGUCAACGUCGGGUCUGAGACACUUGGCACACCCCGCCCGCAAGGAAAAAGAAUGUGAUUUUUGAUUGCCUUAUACUUUUUUUUGUAAAUUUGAAAUUUUUCUUAUAAUUAUUGUUUGAAUUGUUUGAUAUUCUUUACAUUCAUAUUUACAUCCAGUAAAAUGCACAACUUGAUUGAUUUUUAGUUGUAAGAUAUUUACAGCAUAUUAUAAUAUAUAGGUAGGAACAAUAAUAGAUUUGUUUCUGUAUAAAAUUAUUUAAAAUCGACGAAUAUAUCCAACACUGUUUAAUUUGUGAUCAUAAAUUUUUGUAUGAUUUAGUACUAUGGCAUUUUGCUUCUUUUUUAACUGUUGCUCUUAUUGGUCAAUUUCUCCCUCUCUUAUCCCUGUUGUUUCUUUUCAUCUAGGGGAAGUCUGAGCAAGACGAAUAUGUUAAGGGAAAGGAUAAUUUCUAAUUAACAAUUUUUAAUUUGUAUUUUGGUAAAUUAUCUUUGGACAUUUCGAUUAAAAACUUUGGAACUUGAACAAUGUCUAGAUAAAUUUUUGAUUACAAAAAAGUGCCUAAUAACCGUUUUUCCCGGGCGGGGGGGGGGGGUGGGGGGGUAGGAGUUAAUAAGCUCGUUCUUCUGGAAUUUGCUGUAUUUUCUUGGAAAGCAACCAUAUUAAGUAUUUAAUUAUUGUAUGACGAAUUAAGCAAAUAUAUGGUAUAAUAAACAAACAAACCACUUUUGAUGUAUAAUAUUUGAGGUUAGGCUUCUACUAAACUCUUUAAUUGACAGUUAUGACUGCCUAAUAGCUUAUUUGGCAAAUAACUUGGUUUAUUCGGAGGUUUAAUUAAUCAGAAGGUAAAGAAACCGAAUUUUUGGUUAUUCGGCAAAUAAUAGUUUGUAGAGACUUUAUUAGGAAGUGAAGAAACCCGGUCUUAGCCUACUAUAAAAUUUUCAUCAAAGAAUAAAAAGUCAAAAA